AGUUUUUUGCGUCAAACAUUAUUAUCUUUCAGUGAUAAGCAACCCAUUAAUAAUUUUUUUAACCAUAUCAAUCAAGUUAUGAUGGUGCCACCAAAUGUACGUCAACGUAUUUGAAGGGGCUUUCGACGUAUUGAAGACUAUUAGGUUCUUGCAUUUUUGGCCAGUUAACCAUGUUAGGCAUCCCGCGCAGGUCAACAGAAACCUCAUCUUAAUCGAUACGUUCACCCCUGUGCACGCAAAUUAAAAGUAUUCUGAGUCUGAACCGCGAAUACAUCUGCAUUACGGAUUCAUCAUAAACGCAAUUCAAGUAAAAGAAGUGUCAGAAGUCGUCAGAACGCUGUGCAAAGUGUUUCCCAGUCCGGGCAUCGCCCGCAGUGUAUGGGCACUCCCUCAGACGGCCGCCUGCAACAUGGUGGCCGACACGGACCAUCCCGCCGCCUCCGCCAACCACGAUAAAGAUGGCAACGAAGCUGACAUUACUGAGCAAUCGCUCAAAACCAUCUUCGAUCUCGUUAAAUCGGGUUUUUGUCACACUGCACUAGUCCAGGUUCUCUUGCAAGCUGGAGUUGCAGUCAAUGCAGCAGACUUCAAAGGCCUGACACCCUUGAUGACCGCCUGUAUGUUUGGUAGAACUGCCACUGCCGCAUUUUUAUUAGGAAUGGGUGCCUCCAACGGCCUCAUGGACAUCAAUGGCGAUACUGCACUACACUGGGCUACCUAUAAAGGCCAUUCUGAUCUCAUAAAGCUGCUGAUGUACUCCGGGACCAAUCUCCAGAAGCCAGAUCAUUUUGGUUCUACCCCCUUACAUUUGGCGUGCCUUUCAGGAAGCUUGAUUUGUGUGAAAUUAUUAUGUGAGAAGAGCAAUAUAAACCUAGAACCUCUAGAUAAAAAUGAUAAAACUCCUCUAAUGCUCGCCCAAAGUCACAGACACAACGAAAUAGUUGAGCUGCUUGAAACCGAAAAGAAACGCCGAUCCAGUUGGUUCCCGCCAUUGAACGAAGUGUGGGGCCUUCUUUUUGGGAAAGCUGGGAAUUCGAAGGCUCCUCUGAUAUUCUUCAUGAGUUCGGUUUUAUUGUGGGGAUACCCUAUGUACGUCAUCAGAUGUAUCCCCAUAACCUGGAACAUUCUUCGCAGAUCCCACUACUGCUUCAUCUACUGGAAUAUCGUGAUGUGGGUUUGCUGGAUAGUAGCUAAUCGAAAAAACCCCGGCUAUAUACCCAUGAACUCGGAAUCGUACCAUCGGUCGAUCAAGCAAAUACCCAUGUUCGACAAAUGGAAAAAGCGGAACGCCAUCCUGAAUCGUUUGUGCCACACCUGCAGGUGCCUGAGGCCUCUGAGAGCAAAACAUUGCAGGAUUUGCAACAGAUGCGUGUCUUACUUCGACCACCACUGCCCUUUCAUCUAUAACUGUGUGGGACUGAGGAACAGAACUUGGUUUUUUUUGUUCGUCAUGAGUAUUGCCGUGAAUUGUUCCUUCACUAUUUAUUUUGCGAUGUAUUGCAUCGCGAUAGAGGGAUUCGGGAUUUUGUACGUGCUGGGGCUGAUUGAGGCUUUUGUGUUCUCUGGACUGGGUUGGAUUCUCACCUGUACGUCGAUACUACAUGCUUGUAUGAAUCUGACAACCAAUGAAAUGUUUAACUAUAAACGCUACCCCUACCUGAGGGACAAACGUGGAAAAUAUCUCAACCCUUUUUCCAGAGGUCCCAUACUGAACUUAAUCGAAUUUUUCUUUUGCACACCAGAAGAUUACGACGACGAUUACGGGUACGAGUACAUAUGAUACAGAAAAAAUAGUAGCUGUAGUAACGAAAAGAAAUUGCAAAGAUAGCUUCAUUGGCUUUGUACAUUUCAGGACAGAAACUCAUAAAUGCGGUAAGCUUCAGGAAAUACUCGCAAGCUAUACGUUGCUAACAGGAACAGGACAAGAAAUCCUAAAGUAGCUUCUAGUAAACAUUCACUCUCACGAAAUAUUUUUUUUGGCUUGGACGUCCAGUCUUUCAGCAAGUCGUUUAGUCAGUAUUGAAACAAUAGGUACUCUUUAGCUAAUAGAAAGAAUACAUAACCGAGCCAACUGAUUAGAGUAUUAAUAAAAUGAAGAAGAAUAGCAUCAUUAGAAGUUAUGAUAAUCAGGAACAUAGACUUGUCGUCUAGGGAUAUAUUUUGUUAUCUAGCUGGUAUCUAAGAGAAAAAAAAAUAACCUUCAAUCACCUACUCUCGGUCACCUUACUGAAUCAUAGAUUACACAAACAGCAUGAAUCUUUUGCAGUGAGCGAGUCUUUUGUGGAAGAUUUGUUUGUCACGAGCUGUAUCUGUCCUUUUGUUGCAUCGUCUUGCAGCUUAAGUUAGUGUAAAUAUUGUAUGGGGAUCGACAUUAUCAGCAAAAUUUUUGACAUCACUUUUUAUAUCCUCUUUUUGCUACUUGAGAAUCUUGACACUCUUGUCCAUUACCAGUUUUUGUGAAAUACUGCAACUGCAUAGGAUGAUUGCAUCAUUUACUACCACUUUUAGUGAUAACCAUUCCAAAAACCUCGUUUAUGUAAUUCCUUUGAGCUGUCCACUCCUUGCUACCUCCUGAUCUAGUACGUCACAUUUGAAUAAAACAUGUCUUUGCUCCUUUGUCGCAUUGCAUUACACCUUAAGCGCCCACUUAAGACAAAAUCUGGAUUAAAAGUCUCUGUCAAUUUUAGAUUACUUUAACUUCGUGACAGCUUUCCGAGACUCGACAGUCACUGCAGUCUCGAGACCAGGAAUAUUUCACUUCCACUUGGGAAUUCAUUCGUUGGUUUUACUUGAUCGCAUUUGUUAAUAUAUUUGUUGAUACCUUCCUCUUCAGUUUCUCUUUAUGUUCGGUUAUGUCGUGAUUUUAACCAUUGCCAUGUGGUCCGUGAACGUGUUUGAUGCUCGUUCCCCAACAUAUUUUUGAAGCACUGUGAACUUGGUGUGUUUUCACUAAAGAAAUGUUUGCAUAUGCUUAGUUUUCUGACAACAUAUGUUUGUUUCCUCUUUGGAUAUCAGACCAAAGAUGCGUACUAAUGUGUACUCACCUAGUCCGUGAACUUGUUUGAUGUUACCAUCCAUUGAUGACCAUAACUAUUAGCAGGAUUUAACCUUGAAUAACGUUGAAUAAAAUAUUUACAAAUAGUAGGUUCCAUGUUGAACACAGACAUUUGAAGAAAUGGAAAACAUGUUUGGAUAUAAAAAAAACUGUUCUUUGAAUACUGUUUCGGCGCCUUUGUAGACAUUAAUUUCGCCAAAUUAAUACCUAUAGGGCUGAAAUCAUGAAUAUAUCUUUUAGCGCUCUUUAUUCACGAAAAAAUGUUUGUGCAAUUUUUUUUCAACCUUCACUGAUAACUAUAUCUCAGUAUUUCGAAGUUUUGAGUAAAAUGUUUCUGAGUGGUUAAGAAUAGUCGUACCAAACUUUUUUUUUCGUUGCUAGAUGAACUUAAAUUUGAAAAUUAUUUUAGUAACAGUAGAGUGUAUUCAACUGUUAUCCUGGAGCUUACUGUACGUCAAAUGAGAUGUGAUUUGUUUUUUGCAAUGCAAAAAUUAUUGUUUGUUAUAUUAACUUUGAUGUUAUUUUAUAAGACGCAAUAAAAUUUCCAUAAUGUAUA